AUGUUUUGGAUGCGACGAAGAUGCGCGCGUUUAUUCUUCACCACGAGCACCACCAAAUCCAUCACAUCCACCAAUUUUGAUCAUCUUCUUCUCAGAAAAAGAAGGAGUAGUCAAAACGCGACGACGACGAGUAGUCUAUUCUGUCACGCGAGUUAUUAUUAUUCGUCCUCGGCAUCAUCAUCAUCAACUAUAUCAUCCAUACAAGAAGAAAUGGAAGAAAAACCACCACCACCACCACCAACGAAUAAUAAUAAUAAUACAAAAAAGAAGAAAGAGUUCCAACGGAGGAAAACAAAAGCAACGACAAAGACGAAAACAAAGUACGAAAUAGAGCAGCAGAAGCGUGCGAGGGUGGUAGAUUUGAACUUGGAUUGGGGUGAUAAAGUGUACAGAGGGAACGCGACGGAAUACGCUGGAGUGAAAGUGACGAGUAAAUUGGUUUGGCCUAUACCGAUGCACGCGCUCGCUCAACUCAACCCAGAACUCGGAAGCGUGUUGAACCUAUCCCCGCCGACGGAAGAAGAAAAAGCUGAAGCGGAUAAAUUUUUAUCGGUUUUGAAAAAGGUGCCAACCGACGACGAAGAUUUCGUGCUCAGAGAGUUUGAUCAAGUCGGUGAAGAGGGGGAAGUUGAAGUCACAGGGUCGACAAAGACGAGAGCAAAGAAAACGGAAGCAACAAAGAAGAGCGAAAAGGCGACACGGGAGAUGGAAGGAAAAGUUCAGACUGAAAAGAGGAACGCGCUCUUUCCUGCGUCUAUGCCGUACGCGCACUUAUUUGAGGCGCUUUUACUUGAAGCGAGAGAACACUACCCAGGUGGUUCAAGGUCCGAAUCGACCAGGAGGCAACUCACAAAGUCGCUGCUACUUUUGGUCCCUCGAGAGCUUCUCGAAAACGUUGCGGAAGAAAUGGAAAUCUGGAUUCGACCUUCACCAAAACAACCGAAAAGAAGCGUCGAUGCUUUUCGAAUCGGGCAGAAGCGACUCAACUUUUUGUACUGGUUGACGGAGCAUUGGAGGAAACCAGCGGUGAAAGGGAAGGAUCUCGCGACUACAAAAGGAGAAUUGGCCGCUUUAAUUUGGAGCCAAUACCUAGCAGCUUUAAAAGUCGUGCGAGGCACGAACGACGCAAAGCUUCUCGCCGAUAUUUUAAGCGAAGAUAAUGAAACCGGCGAUGUAGAGGUAAAUCGUAUUCGCACGGGUGGCUGGGCAAUUGGAUCGCAACACAGAGCGAAGGAGUAUGUAGACAGACUGACAGGUAAAGCGUCAACUCCCUCUUCUUCUUCUCCUUCUUCUUCUUCUUCUCCUUCUUCUUCUUCUUCUUCUCAAGAGGCAGAUGUCAAACACGUAAGCGAUGCGACUGAUCGCAUGGACUACCCAGAUUUGUUCACGCCGGAUGAAAUAGUUGAAAUAUUAGUAAAGGCACGCGGGAAAGAUGUUAUGGCCAUUCGGAUUCGCGAUAAGUGCUCCUGGGCGGAUUGGUUGAUAUUGUGUACAGGGAAAUCCCCUAGACACAUAUCUGAUUUAUCGCAUGCGGUGAUGUUUGAAUAUAAAAAACGCGUCGCAAAAAAUCCAACUACGUUUACCAGCAAAGUUAAACCGUACAUCGAGGGUGCGAAAGCAGAUAUGAGUGGUGGUGGCGACGAGGAAUGGAACGCCGUCGAUUGCGGGAGCUGUGUCGUUCACGUUCUCAGCGAUCGAGCGCGCAGAUAUUAUGAUAUCGAAGAUCUGUGGGCGAGUGGAGACGAAGUCCUUCAUAACGGAGAUGAAUUAUUGACGAUAGAUACUAUAAAGAUAGACUAA